UGACGUCAUUGGGAGGUCCUUCUCUAUCACGUGCGCGAGUCUCCUCUCUCUUUCUGCUGGAUCGGAUGCUCUACCGUUUGCCGCUGUAGCGCCAGACGCGAGUAGAUGUGUCAGUAUCGUCUCGUCGGUAGAACUAGUACCUGAGUGCUGUCCUGCGAGGCUCGCCGAGAGCCGAUUCCGAGAACUGACAACAGAGACGGCCCUAGAGUGACACAGACGAGCGACAGGCAGGGGAGAGCGCGGGGGCAGGAUGAGCGGAGGGCCGUACAACUACUCGUACAUAUUCAAGUACAUCAUAAUCGGGGACAUGGGUGUAGGCAAGUCUUGUCUGCUGCACCAGUUCACCGAAAAGAAAUUCAUGGCUGACUGUCCGCACACCAUUGGAGUGGAGUUUGGGACGAGAAUAGUGGAGGUGUCAGGUCAGAAAAUCAAGCUACAGAUCUGGGACACUGCAGGCCAGGAGAGAUUUCGAGCGGUCACUCGGAGCUACUACAGAGGAGCGGCUGGAGCUCUGAUGGUCUAUGACAUCACCAGACGAAGCACGUACAAUCACCUGAGCAGCUGGCUCACUGACGCCAGGAACCUCACCAAUCCCAACACUGUAAUAUUCUUGAUUGGAAACAAAUCUGAUCUAGAGGGACAGCGGGACGUGACGUACCAAGAGGCUAAGCAGUUUGCAGAUGAAAAUGGGUUACUAUUCAUGGAGGCUAGUGCGAAAACGGGAGAUAAUGUUGAAGACGUCUUUAUUGAGACAGCUAAGAAGAUCUACCAAAACAUUCAGGAUGGAAACGUUGACCUAAACGCAGCAGACACUGGUGUCCAGCUAAAGAACACGACUGCUCCAGCAGACCGCAAACAGACACAGCAACAGAAGCAAGACGGUUGCAACUGCUAAAAUUCUCUUCUGGAAAACCACUAGUUUUAGUUUUCGCAAUGUCUAUUAUUACCAAAAAUUGUAUCAUAAUAAAUGUGUAAUAUAAUAGAGCUACACUACAUGAGUGAUUGUUGAACGUGUUGCUUUGCUGUGCACUUUUAAAGUCCCUGAGUUUUGUAUAAUACUCGUAUGUGUGUGGUCUCUCAUUGGCUUUAUUCGUGCGCAUCUUAAUUACGUGUGGGCGUGGUUCGCAUGAGUGUGCGGCAAAUAGAAUUCGUGCGAGUAUGAGCGGAGAAGGGUCGAGAGAGGACCUUCUAGCCGAAGGAAUCUUGGGGAUUCUGGGACCUGCAGUCGAGCAUGUCGACCAGAAGAUAGCAGACGUCAGGAAAAGUCAGGCAGACCUUAGGGAACAGGUUGACCAGCUUGCAGACGAGCUACGGCAGCUGUCAGAGAAGCAAAAGGUUCCUGUUGAUCUGGACACCUACAUAAGGAAACUAGCCAACUCGAGAAAGAGGGUCCUACUGGUCAAUGACAUCCUCCAAAACGUGCAGGGUCGCGUUGAGAAGCUGCACAAGUCGGUGGUGAGAGAGACCGCAAGACAACGGGCAGCCAUUGAGGCAGGAGGACCUUAGCUCUCUGUGUUUUUGUGUUGGUGUACGUGCAAUUUCUGUACAUCAGUUUGUGUGAAUCACAACACUGGUUUGUAGCUUGUACUCGUGGAAGCCCAGAUUAUCUUGUGUUUCUAAUUUCCAGUGCUUUUCUGUACAGUGUCAUGUCCAGUCCUUCCACACACCGAUGAGCCAGUGCGCGCAGAACCAGACGUCCGCCGCACGUCCGUCCACUUCCGUCCACCUCACCUAUGAACUGGAACAGGGCCCCUUGCGAG